GUGGAAGCCAUGUUGAGGUGAAAGUGCUUUAUUUCCCCCCCGAUUAAUCCCAAAUUCUGACGCUGUGAGGAGAAUUCACCCGUGUUCGAGGGCGAAAGGGGGAAUAAUACGAACCGGAUUUAUAAAGUGAAGUGGAAUAGAUCAUGUUAAAUAUGUGGCGCGUUCGAGAAUUAACGGAAAAAGUCACCAACAUGGUGAUGAACUACACAGAGGUUGAGGCCAAGGUGCGAGAGGCAACCAACGAUGAGGCUUGGGGCCCCACAGGCCCACAGAUGCAGGAACUGGCACAGUCAACAUUCUACUACGAACAGUUCCCAGAGGUGAUGGGGAUGUUGUGGAAGCGCAUGUUGCAGGACAACCGUGCUGCCUGGCGCCGCACCUACAAGUCGCUCUUGCUGCUCAACUACCUCGUGCGCAACGGCUCCGAACGUGUUGUUACUUCUGCCAGGGAGCACAUCUAUGACCUCAGGACACUUGAAAACUACAAAUUUAUAGAUGAGCAUGGAAAGGAUCAGGGCAUGAACAUCAGAGUAAAGGCCAAGGACUUGAUUGAUUUCAUCCAGGAUGACAACAGGUUACGAGAGGAACGUAAGAAAGCAAAGAAAAACAAAGACAAGUAUGUCGGUGUGUCUUCAGAGUCCAUGGGAUUCCGCAGCUCGUCACAAAGUGACUGGGAUGGCUGGGGGAGCAGCAGAAGAAAAGAAGAGGACGAUUUUGGGUCUCGCUUUGAGGAUUCACCAAAUGCAAGUGAGGAUGAGAUUGAGGAUGCAGUGGAUCCAGUCAACGAGUACCGUGAUGAGGAGACGAGCCCCAAGACAGGCGGAAAGGCUUCCCUGGGUGGCAGUGGCAUUGGUAGCAGAGGCAGCUCCGCCCCCGUCAAGAAGUCGUCUAAGCCCUCCAAGAUGGUGGACCUCGGGGCUGCAGCCACCUUCGGCAGAGAUGGAAGUAGCACACAAUCACCACAGACCACACCCUCCAAGACGAAGGUCCAAAACAAUGACCUCCUCGAUAACCUCUUUGGAAGCCAGGCAAGCAAUGGGACUUCCAGCCCCUCCAAAACCUCACCAACUAGUGCAGAGGAUGACUUUGACCCAAGGGCGGGUGAGGCAGGAGGCGCAGAGAAACAGGACUUUGGAGACUUCAACUCAGCUUUUGGCAAUGCUGCAGCACCAGCAAAUGGGAAUAGUAAUUUUGCUGAUUUCUCAAACUUCAGUCAAACUGCCCCAGAACCUCCAG